AUGUCAGACCAGAAUCUAUCUAGCAACGAUUACAUUAUCGCUGCAUGCAGAAAUGAUCAGGAUGACAUUCUCAUCGAUCUACUCAAACUAAAGAAUCACGACAUCAACUUUGCUGAUGGUGCUGGAAAUACGGCUGCUCACCAUGCGUAUGUUAUGUUAUUUUAUUUUGUUCAACAAAUUGAACGUUAUAAUUCAAUUUCUAUAUUCAAUAUUCGCAAUAGGGCAAUGUUUGGUUCCCUAGCUUGUUUGGAAAUACUGGCCCAUCAAGGGUCAAUUAAUAUGAACAAAAAGAAUAUUGCCACAGGGGACACGCCUCUUCACCAGGCAGUUCAAUAUACAGAUGAGCCUGAUAUUGCAUUGGCAAUGGUUGAUGUAUUGCUGCAGGCCAGCGCUGACCCAAGAUUAAAAAAUAAGAAUGACCAGACGCCAAUCAUGCUAGUCGAUCCGAAGGAUGAAGAUAUGUUGGAUCUUCUCAAGCAGGCUAUCGCAGGCUAUGAAAUGGUAAUUUGA